GUUGGUCUGAAAAAACGAGCGCGUGUCGCGAAUCGGAAAAUCGAGACAAAGAUAAAGAAAAGUUCAUUAUCAAAUGCUGAAGGAACAACGGAAAAUAAAGCCGCUGAGCAAGUGAAAAUCGAAAGGGAAAUGCAAGUGAAAAGUCCAAAGCUGCGGACCCUGCCCUUGAAAGCAAAAAGCAACCCACUGGAAUUCACUUCACGCACAAAACGACACUAGAACGCAGCAGGAUGUGGAAAGCGUAGUAGUAGAAAAGGUAGCAGACAACACGCAACGAAGGCCGGAAAAACGUGGAAAUGACUCGCUAAUUAAUUAGCUAAGUAGGCAAAGAAAAGCGGCGAAAAUAGGUGUACCUUCUAAACCAACAAUAAAUUCCGAUUUGUUGCAAAAUUACUACCCAGCCAAGGCUUAAAAUGACAUCAUACGCAAAUGACGCGACAACAACAACAACAUCAUCGUCGGCAGCAGCAACAUCAGCUGGCGCAGUGGAGGCAUCAGCUGUCACCGCCCCCCAGUCAGUUGUGGGGGGCGUGGCCACAGCAGCAGCUGAUUCAUCCAAAGUCAAGAGCCGCGACAAUUUGUCCAUCCAUCGCACUCAAUAUGCUGGCGACGAAGAUGGCAAUAGUAGCGAUGGUCGCGAAAAGGCCGACACAACGCCGGAGAAUAUCAAGAAAAUCGCAGAAAUAAUGGACAGUCCGGAUGGCACGACCUCGGCCAACUCGCCCAUACCCUCGCCCCGCCACGUGCAGCUCAGGAAUCCAAUGAAUCCCGGCUUCGUGGGCCUCGGCGCAGCCAUCGACGAGUCCUGCGGCAAGUUCUGCCUUGGCAAGCCGCCACCAUCGCCGGCCGAGAAAGCGGCGGCCCAGAGCAGAGCGAACCAGCAACAUGGCACUCAGCCCGGCAACAGCAAAUCCAACUCCAACCAUAAAUCAGCCGGCGAUGAGGAGGAGAACUCGAGCGAGUCGAAUGCAACCACGAAGGCCUCGCUGGCCUUCACCAUUGAUCAUUUCGAUGCCUCCGAGAACGAUUCUGCGGCUCAGGCGGCGCGCUACAAGAACAUGAUGGAGCGCAUCCAGAGUCGCCACAAGCGUGGCGCCUCCAUGUCCAAGCUGGAGACAGAGAAGGAUAACACCACGAACACCACAACCUCGUACAGCGGACGACAGUCGCAGAGGAGCAGCUUGGAUGCGGGCAGCAGCAUGGCAGACGACAUAUCCUCGAUGACAGCGGCCACGCCCAGCAGCGAACAGGCACCUCCGGUGCAGGUGAAGAUGCGGGUGCGCGAUCGCAGUGCCUCUCGGGUGAGAGACGCUUCCAAGCGGCACAGUUGGUCGCCCAGGAGUUCCGCCAACGCCAGCGAACCGAGUGCAUCGUCUACUCCCAGGCCCACAAGCCGCUCCAAACUGCCACCUCCGCCGGCGGUGUCGGCGACCAAGGGAACCUCCAAUCUGGUGGCCAAUCGCACGGCCAAUCAGUUUACACCCCGCUCCACCGCCAUGCAGCUGGCCCUGCGCCAGGUGGAGAUGCUCUGUCCACAGCCACCGCUGGCGGAUUGCAAGGCCCUAAACGAGAACGAUGCUGUCAGCGAGGCGGGCACUUACACCCUCGAUGGGGAUAACUACACGGAGGAGCAGAAGGAUCUCAUGAACAUCGAUAGGAAUGGAAAGGGUGCCAAGCAGCGACCCAAACAGCUGCCCGUUAAGUCGAGCCGGGGCAGCAAUGUGCUGGAGGUGAACUACUACCAUGAAACGCCCAUGCAGGAGCAGCUACCGCAGCCACUGCCAGCACAGAGGAGCUCAACAGGUGCCUAUCUGGAUCAACUGAAGAGUCGCGUGCUGCGUCAGCAGGUUCCCCUGUCGCCUCCCACUCCUCCGUCGCCGGCGGCGGAUAUGGGCUGCUUCACUAGUGUGACCACCAGCGGAGUGCUGGCCAAGCAGCGGGCCCUGGACACCCAUCCCAAGCUCACCCGGCACUCGCACAGCUUGUCCACCUCUCAGAUCGACAGCUCCGAGUAUGUGAGCAAUGAGGCUAAGUUGCGGCACACGCAGGCCCUGUCCGGAUCGGCCACCGAUCGCCAGAAGGCCGAGUACCGACUGAACGUGUUCACGACUAGCACCAAUCAGCAGCAGCACCAGUUGCCGGAGACUCCCACCACGCCCACGCAAAGGGAGGCCACGGAGGCCGCCCUCCUGCAGACGGCGCAGACGAAGCAGGACUGGAUUCAGGAAUGGGCACGCAAUGCCCGAGCCAGGAGCUUGGCGCAGGAUGUGAGCGGCACGAGCGCCAAUCGACGGAAGCAACAGCAGCAGGCACAAGCGCAGGCACAGCAACUGAUGACACGCAGCUACAAUUGCUCGGAUACCGGGGGCGAUUCCUUGACGGACGACAGCCUGAGCUUGUACAACCAGCAGCAGCGACAGUUUGCGGCGGCCGCCAAGCUCAAUCGCAGUCUGGCGGAGCGGUACCGCCUGCUGGGCGACUGUGACUACGCCAGCGAUCCGGCGUUGUGCAGCCACGGCGGUGGACAGGCGAUGGUGGAGCCGGGCUACAAGCCACCCAAGAGUCCCAGCAAGAUUCCCUCGCCGCUGCACACGCUGGGACGUGCGCGCAGUGCCAGUCGCUCGCGUCCACCGACGGAUGCCUAUUUGGAGCACACAGCGGCGGCUAUAAGCAACCUACAGCAGUCGCUUUCCCGCCGCAGCUCCGUCAAGUCGCCGGCUCAGAGUAGCCCGCAGCACAGCCUGGAAUCGGGAGUGGGCGCAGGAGCAGGAGCAGGCGGUGGCUAUAGACGAUCUCCGCUCCACCGGGCGCUCAUGACCAGCAGCAUCAACGAGGCGCAGCUGCAGUUGCUCACCAGCGGCGAGUAUCUGCUCAAGCAGUUGCGUCGCCGCAAGAACUCGCUUGAGUACGAUCCUGGCCAGGAAGUGGAGCAGCAGGUUGAGCCAGCUGCCGCCCCCUUGUCGCCGCUGCGUCGAUCGAGCAGCUUCCAGCAGCAGCAACAGCAGCAGGGACAGCAUCCGGUGCGUCAGGCGCGUCCCAAUUUCCAGAACCUCUACACACCGCCCGCUGCCCGCCACGCCCACGCCCUGAGCACCGCCCACCAGCAGCAGCAGCAGCUGAAGAAGUCCGCCAGCAGCAACAACUUCGAGCAGGCCUACAGCGACUACGACAAUGAGCUGCAGUAUUAUAUAAACGACGAGGAUGAAAUGGGCACCACGGGGGCCUACUACUCCAGCAACGAGGAGGAGGAAGAGGUGGAGGGCGUCGAGGAGAACCAAGGCUCCGUGCCGCUGAGCAACACGCGCAUGAACAAGGCUCUGCUGAUGCGAAUUGAGAGGAGCAAGCAGAGGGUGGCCCAAACCAAACCCACCUCGGCGCCAGCGGGAAAGCUGAGCCUCGCGCAGAGUGGAGCUGGUUUGGUGGCCUGCCCGAAUACGCCUGAAAUGCCGCGACGGGGCAUCAAGAGUGCUCCGCGGGCAGCUCCGGGAUCGGGCAAUCGAAACACCCGGCAGUCGAUGCCCCGGGAAACAAGUCUCAGUCGAUUGGCCCAACAGGUGCCCAGUUCUUUGGCCAAUGCCAAGAAGCAGCUACUGCAAACAGCCAACGCUGGUGUGAACUCCAAUCCGAGGGAACAGCGCGUGCAACCAAAAUACCUGGACAUCUCCAAGUACAAGUCGGCGCAGUCCAACAACUUUCUGCGCAAAAACGAUGCCAAGAGCACGCUGAAGCCGGCAGAUCAAAUGAAACGCAGUCCCAGUGCCUCCUCCAUGGGCCUGAGUCGCGGUGAGGGAACGCGGGCCAGCAAUCGCAGUGUGCGCAGUGCGGCCUCCGCAAUGAACACCAGUACUACCUCGCUGGGCGGCGGAAAUCCGGGAUCCCGAAACUCAUCUGCAAUGCGUCGCGAUGCCUCAGUUAACAAACAAAAGGAGGCGGAAAUGGCCAUGUGGAAGCGUCGCUCCACCUAUGAUCCCAUGAAAGCAGCCGCCGAAGAUCGUCGAAAGAAGGAGGAAGCGCGACGCGCCCAAAGCGAAGCUCAGCGACAGAUCAAUGAUGAGGUCGAUGAUAUGCCUUUUGAGAGUGUGCUGCGCCCAGCCAACAAUUUGACCAUCACGAGCGGGGGCAACAGCUACAGUCCUCGAAACUCCGUGGAAAACGACGCCUGGACGCUUGGUGAAUCAUCAGAGUUUGGGGAAUAUCCCGAUGACUACGAUGAAAACGACGAGGUCGAAGGCGAUGAGGAGAUUGAUUACGUAGGUCAGGAAUCCGACGAUGUCUUUGAGGCGGAAUCCGGCGAGGCUGAGAUCCAGGGCGCACAUUAGGCCACCAAUUAACAAAACACAAAACCAGCAACAGUGAUAAAUAAUUCGAUAUAUACAUAACUAAAUAUAUGUAUAACAUAUUGUAUUUCUUAGCGAUUGAUGAUGCGACAUAGGCAUAACUUUAUCGGAGUUAAUCAAAUACUAUUAUUAGAUUAGCUGACAUGAUUUUCCCUCGGCUUAUUUAACUUAC